UUUCAUAGCAAAACAUCUUUCCAUCAGGGCGGAGAAUGUAAACAAAUCCAACACGUGGGCAGCCUCUUUACUGUACCAGCUGAUAUUUUGUGCUGUACUAACACCCUUGCUGCAGGGACUCCGGGAACUGCUGGCCGGAGGGAAGGAGGUGUGUGGUGAUGGGGGUGACAACACAGUACCUGCGCUAUGUGCCGGGCCAGGUGUUUGGCUUGGUGGGCACGGGCAGGUGUGUGCGCCUUGUUACCAGAUUCAGUCAGUUGGGCAAGUUUCUGGCUGUCCCCGCCUGUGAGAGAGUCUUAAUUUGGGACCUGCGGAGGGAGACCAAGGUCCUGACACUGGAUGGGGAGGUGCGAGGGACAGUGACAAUGGUGGAGCCCAGACCAGCAGCUCCCGGCUCGCUGGACAACACUCAUCUGGCUGUGGGCUACUCAGAGGGGACAGUGGUGGUGUUCGACUUGAUGUCAGGCGAGCCACUCAAGUUUACAGGCCACAAGGGAGGAGUGUCAAGCCUGUGCUGGGACCCGCAGGGGAUGAGAGUCGCCUCGGGGAGUGAGGACGGGGAACUUGUGGUGUGGGAUGUGGUGUCGGAGCGUGGGAUGGUGCGUCUGCGUGGCCACAAGGGGAAAGUGACGAGGGUGCGGUUCAUGCAGACUCGCAAUGUGCUGGUGUCCUCCUGCCGCGACACCUUCAUCAAACUGUGGGACCUCACCACACACCACUGCUUCAGGACACUGGCUGGACACAGGGCCGAGGUAUGGGACUUUGUGCUGCUGAAGGGUGACAGUCGCUUGGUGUCGGGAAGCAGUGAUGCAGAGCUGAGAGUGUGGGCGCUGAACUUCAAGGAGGUGAAGAAGACAGAGGACACAGAGAAGGAGGCAGAGAAGGAUAGCAGCGAACCACCAAGUAAAAUGUUCCGUAUUGAUACCGAAGGAGAAGCCAAGACAGUGAUCGACGAUGAGGAGAUAAAAGAUGAUGCUAGCAUAGUGGAGGUGGUGCAGAUGGGAAGUGUGCUGCGUUCCCGAGGCGACCGUGUGUGUGGCCUGCAGAGUGAUGGGCGUGUGGUGGCCUGCCAUGGUAAGGGACCCGUUAUCGACCUCUUUGCUGUGCUGACUGACGAGGAGGUAGCGACUAAGGCUGCUAAGAGGGGCAGGAAGGAACGUAAGAGGGCAAGAGAGGCAGGAGACACCACCACUACCACCACCAGUAACACCCCACUGCUGGCCGACGAGAUCCAAAAGUUGCCAACCCUGCGAGCCGCCAACAAGCUCCUGGGGGUGGAUGUGCUGACUGAAAGGUCUGGCAUGGUGCGUUUGGCGGCACUGCACAACGACAACAGCGUGGCACUCCUCUCCUCAGACCUCAAUGCCAAGGAGGUGAAGAAGGAGAAGAAGAAGAAGAAGGAAGAGGAGGAGACAGAAGUGGGUCAGGUGAGUGUGUUGGGUCGGCCAGGUCACCGCACAGAGAUACGAGCCGUGGCCUUCACCUCGCUUAGUGACCAGGUGGUGACGGGCAGUGCUGAGGCACUCAAGGUGUGGAACAGAGGCGACACACAGGCAACCCUAACAGUACCGUGUGGACCAGUGACAACGCUUGUCGUGGUGCCAGGCGACCGUCACGCACUGGUCGGCACUCGCUCGGGACACCUGCAGCUCAUUGACUUUGCCUCGGCCACGCUGCUCGAAGACAUCCUCGCCCACGAACCGGAUGAAACCGCCACGGAUACUGGAGUGUGGUCUGUGGCUCUCACGCAUGAUGGGCGUGGCUUUGUGUCGGGCGGCAGUGACAAGAUGGUCAAGUUUUGGAAGUUUGAGUUGGUGCCAGAUGAGACUGGCCGAGGAAAGAGACUCAGCUUCCUACAGGACACCAGGGCCCUUAAGGUGGCAGAUCAGGUGACGUGCCUCAGGUGUUCCAGUGGAGGGCGGUUCCUGGCAGUGGCGACCCUUGACCUGAAGGAGACUGUUUACUUCAUCGACUCCCUCAAGCUUUGCCACGAGCUGUACGGCAAGUCCCUGCCAGCGACCUGCAUGGACUUCUCCACAGACAGCACCAUGCUCGUCACCGGCAGCAAAGACUCCAGCCUGCGCAUCUACGGCACAGACUUCGGAGACCAGCGGAAGCUAUUCAAGAACGCCCACCAGGGAGGAGUGACGGACAUUCGCUUCAUCCCCAAGACCCACAUGUUCUUCUCCUGCGGCCACGACAGCACCGUCAAGCAGUGGGAUGCUGACAACUUCCAGCGCAUCAUCACCCUCGAGGGACACACUGGGAUUGUCAGGUGUCUGUCUGUGUGUCCAAGAGGCGCAUGGGUGCUGAGUGGAGGGCAAGACCGCUCCCUCCGUCUAUGGGAACGCACGCAGGAGCCUCUGGUGCUGGAGGAGGAGAGGGAGGAGGAGCUGAAGAGGAAGGAGGAGGAGGAAGGCACCACAGCAACACAGCGUCGCGUUCUGCCGGGGGAGGAGGGCGCCCAGGCAGUGAGGCCAACCGUUACCACACACCACACUGAGAAGGCCGCCGACAUGAUCCUGGAGGCGCUGGGUGUGUAUCGAGAGCAGGUGGAGUCCGGGGGAAAAGCCGAGCCACACUACCUCAUGACCUACGUGUACAAGACAUCCGACCCGCUCAGGCUGGUGCUGGAGGUGCUCAGGAGGGUCAAGUCCAGCGAACUAGAGGAGGCGAUCAUGGUGCUGCCCCUGGACCGAGUGCUGGAGGUGCUGGUGGUGGUGAGGGCCAUGCUGCGGCGAGGGUGGGCAGUGGAGCUGGCGACAAGAGUGCUGGUGGUGGCGCUGCGAGUCAACCUGCCGCAGCUCCUUGCCUCCAGCACUGCCAAGCCUGUCAUUCACUCCCUGGCUGCCAUACUGCCUUCCAAGAUGCAGGAGCUGGAGGACAUGAUUGGGUUCAACUUGGCUGGGCUGCGUCACCUCAAGGACCGAGUGGAGCAGCGUUCGGAGACACAGCUGUUCGUGGAGGCGUCACAGCGUGUCAAGGAGUCGCGCCGCAAGAAGAAGAAAAAGGACAGAGCUGUGAAGAGAGUCCUUAUGGCCCUUUAGUGCUGGAGACCUCUAGGCUUCUAGGCUUCUUUGUUGUCUAUACUGAUGAUGCUUGAUACUGUUUUAUUAUCAAAUUGUUUCUCAUUCUGUACUCUUGUAAUGUGAGAAUAUAUGUUUGCUAAUU